AUGACUUCAAAUUUGCUUCUCGGGGUCUCGUGCGAACACCUCAACAUCCCUACAUCACCUCGGACACAACGGGGGAACUCGUCCGGGAUGCUGAAGCCUGGUCUUUAUUUCGUGACCAAUGGGAUUUAUCAAAUUCGUGGCUUUGACCUUGCCAACAUGACCAUUGUCCAAAUCCCAAAGUCGAAUGGAGUCAUCAUCAUCGACUGUUUGACUUCGAUAGAGACCGCGCGCAAGGCUUUUGAACUCUACCAGGAGGAGCACAGAGACAGAAACGGCCAAGACCCAGAAAUCAAAAGUCUUUUGUAUACGCAUUGCCAUGUGGAUCAUUUUGGCGGUGCCCAGGAAAUCAGUGACAUCGCCACCAAAGCCGGUGGCAUUGAAGGUUUACAGAUUAUCUACCAAUUGACCCUUGGAACUGAGGCCCCUGCAGAGGUGAACUUUUUGUUCCCCGACUACAAUGCCUUGUGUAUGGCAGAGAAUGCAACACACACACUGCGCAAUAUCCAAACUCUGCGAGGCGCCCCAGUUCGUGAUGCACGACUUUGGUCACGAUACUUAGAUGAGUCAAUUGCUUUGUUUGGUGAGAAGAGUGACGUGGUUUUCUCUACCCACCACUGGCCCACCUGGAACCAAGAUGACGAAAAGCUACUGGUCAAGUUUCUGUCCGAACAGCGUGACUACUACGCCUACCUGCACAAUGAGACGCUUCGACAGCUCAAUGAUGGCAAGACCCCGGUAGAAAUCGCGGAAGAGAUUCAAAUGCUUCCAAAUCUGAAAGAGCGCACGAACCUGCGUGACUAUUACGGCUCAAUCAGCCACAACGUCAAAGCCGUACAUGACAGAUAUAUAGGCUUGUUCGAUGGGAAUCCUGCCAGUCUUUGGCCGCUCAAGCCUGUUGAUGAAUCUACUGAAUUUGUCAAAUGUAUGGGUGGAAAUGAAGCGGUUCUUGAAAAGGCCCAGGAGUAUCGCGCGAACAAGAAUCUCCACUUCGCCGCUACUGUCUUGAAUAAGCUUGUCUUUGCAACUCAAAGCAACCCCGAUGAGAAGGACGGAGAAGUUGCCAGAAUGGCAAAGGAGGAGCUGGCAGCUGUGUACACCGAACUAGGAUACAGCUCAGAGAAUGGCACCUGGCGAAAAAUUUACCUCACCGCUGCUUUUGAGCUCGAAAAUGGGGCCCAGGCAGUGACCAACGUAAUGGCACCCCAGUCACUGAUAGCACUGAGUCUGGAUGAGUUAUUUGACACAAUCGCUGUCCGUAUCGAUGGAUAUGAGGCGUUCAAACAACCAGAAAAAUAUCUUGGGAAUGAAAUCACCAUUAACUUUAUGGUCACGGACUUGGAACAGCCCAAAGGGGUUGGUGCCGGCUGGCACCUCAGGCUGAGCAAUGCUGCUUUGACUGGGCGAGUAGCUCCGUACGUAGCCUCUCCGCCUGUGGAGAAUAUAGCUGCUACCCUGACUGUCUGGCUCAAUCAUAAGGAACUCGUGGAGCUUGUCGGAGCUACAGUGAUUGGGAAAUCUCCCAGUCUCGACCAACUGACUACUUCUGGGGAUUUGGAUGCUUGGGAUAGUAUCACCUCCCUGAUCGCAGUGCCCAACCCUGCAUUAAAUAUUGUCACGCCUUGA